AAUCGAAUGUUUUCCUUGUGUUCGCUUUGCCAGUUUGUACAUGGUUAUAUUGUCGUAAUUAUUAACUUUGAGCAUUAUGGUGACUGCACUGUCUCGAAGUGUUCAGAUCAAAAUGGAAGGUAGCUUAGGGGUUUCUCCCUCUGUUGAUCAAAAUGUCCACGAUUCACCCAUUCAGAAACCAAAUCACCGACCUGUGAUGGCAUGUAAUGAUAUGAAUAGAUUUAGUCCUCAGAAUAGUACAGACAACACUUCAAGUUGUUCUAUGUCUAAAGCUCUUCCGAUGGAUAGAUUAGUUUCAAAGGUUGGAUUUGCAAACUUGCCCAACCAAAUACACAGAAAAGCUGUUCGGCGGGGUUUUGUGUUUAAUCUUAUGAUUACCGGGAUCUCUGGGCUUGGAAAGUCCACUUUCAUUAACUCCUUAUUUUGCACGGAUAUGUACAAUGCUGAUUACCCUGGUCCAUCAAAACGAUCCUAUUCUUCUGGAACUUGUGUGGAUUCAAGGACGUUCGCAUUGAGUGAAGCCAACGUUUCUCUCAUAUUGACCAUAAUUGAUACUCCAGGCUUUGGUAGUGAACUAGAUAAUUCUGCAAGCUGGAAACCUCUAGUAAAACAUAUCGAUUCUCGUUUCGAAUCUUAUCUUCGAGCUGAACUAAAUGUCUCUCGUAUAACAGUCGGAUCUGGAGCAACAUAUCAACCAGGCCUACCUAAUGACCAACGAGUUCAUUUGUGUUUAUACUUUAUUUCUCCUAAUGGGCAUGGUUUGCAUCAACUAGAUAUAGAAACACUCAAACAGCUACACAACAGAGUAAAUGUAGUCAUUAUUAUUGGUAAAGCGGAUAGUCUUACACCAGAUGAAUGUUCUCAGUUUAAACAAACAAUUCUACAAGAGUUAUACAAUCACAAUAUUAAAUUAUACGAUUUUCCUGAAUCGGUUGCUAAAUUAGGUGGUGCUGAUGAGUCAUAUUCAGUCAAUGAAAUUCGUCAGGCUCGAGGACGUCAACCAUUUGCAGUGGUCACCAGUAAUAAUCUUGUUACUCUACCGGAUGGUAGGAAGGUAUACGGUCGAUCUUAUCCAUGGGGGGUUGUUGAAUGUGACAAUCUUGCACACAAUGAUUUUAAUGCAUUAAAGCAUUUACUAAUGAGUGUUCAUUUGCAGGAUUUAAUCGAUAUGACACACCACGUACACUAUACAAAUUAUUUUUCAUCACGUCUAACAAGUAUUGCUGAAGCAAGUAAAUUUUUAGCUACAGAAGAUAGUCGUGAACCUUUAAGUCAAUUAGAAACGGAACGUUUAGCGCAUCAGCGUAAAUUGGCUAAAUUAGAGUCUGAAAUGGAGAAUGUUUUUGAACAAAAGGUUCAUGAACGUACAAAUAAAUUAAUUGAAACAGAACGUGAUCUCGUGGAACGUGCUGAACAAUCAGAGAAACACUUAUUAACACAGUUAACCGAGUUUGAGAAACGUAGACAAGAAUUUGAAGAUGAACGUGCUAUUUGGGAAUCAGAAAAUCGGGAAUCUUUAGAAGCUCUUCAUAUUACACCGGACCGAGGUGAUUUUAUAAAGGAUAAAUUUCGAAUUAAACGUAAGGGAUUAUUUUAAUUUUCAAAAAGAUGUGCUUUUUGAGAGAAUUCCUGUGAUUUUUGUGACUUGUUAAAUUAGGAAAGAGUUUUUUGCUUCAUUUAAUUAUUACAUAUGCACACACACGAUACCUGUGAUCAAGUUUUUUUUUUAAAUACUGACAAACUCAACAGAUCAAGACAAAGUGUAGUUUUAGCUUGUAUACUACUUAAAAUGCUCAUCCUACUUAUAUACAUACAUCAAUAUACGUUCACAUUAAUGUAAUAUAAGGAUUCCCACUGGCUACAUUUUUUUGUGCACCGCCUAUAUUGUCUUCCUUUAUUCAAUAAAGAUAAUUCAUUGAACAACUAAAAAUAGAAUGGAACUAUUAUCUUUUACAUUAAAACUAUUGUUAAUGUUUAUGCUUGCCUUUACACCUUAUUAUUGUUCAAUUAUGAUUUCAGUAAAACGAAGUAAUUUUCUUA